AUGGCCUCCCCAAGUACGACAGAGAGCACCCCUCUCCUCCCAUCUGCUGCAGCAGCUCCCAGCUCUCCGGAUGCACAACGAAAAGGUCGAAAUGUAACAUUCAAUCCGAACCCAUCCGUUAUUUCGAUCGACAACAACACGACUUCUGUCCCACGAUCUGCAGCAGCUACUCCGUCAUCUAUUCUACCCGGCCAUGUCUCUCUUCAUACUUCACAGCAGCCAAUGCUCUCUGCUUUAAACAGCAGACUCCGCCGCAGAAACAGCUCUGGCUCACCACUUAUGCCCAUGUCCACCGCUCCAGUCUCCAAGAUUGGGCCCCAAAGAACGACGAAGAACACACAGAAACUCAAACUGCUUCCCAAUCCAGACUUUGGGGACGAUGGCCCAGACGAGGAGAGCGGACGGGAUGUCUAUUCUCAAUAUACUAGAAUCAAGGACCCUACGGCACGAAGAGAUGCAGCUCGAUUGGGGAAAGCGGACCGAGACAGAUUGCCACGAGUCACAGCGUACUGUACAGCGAACAAGUACCAAUUAGAUAACUUGAUGCGGUUCUUGAAGGGCAGAGGGAAAGCGAAAGGCGCAAAUCCGAAGCAGUUCGAUGAGUGCAUAUACACACCAUAUCAUUAUGGCAGGAUGUCAGAACGGACAACAAAUAGAAUGAUGGAGGUGCAAUCCAUGCCGGCGCAGAUGCGAGAGAGGAGACACUCAGACAGUGCUAUUGAGGUGGAAGAUAACAACAAGCAGCGCCGAGAAGACCUGAUCGAUUUACACACCGAAGGCGGCGAUACGACAUUGAGUAAUGGCGAGAACGAUAUUCCAAAUAUGCAUUCCCCAUCUGUGGAAAGGCAAAUGAGGGACGAAAAUAUCGCUAGUGCGAGCAAUCUAGACUUCGACACACAAGUCCACACGCCCGAGGUUUUCCUGUUUGAUUACGGAGUUGUGGUUAUCUGGGGCAUGUCAUUACAGCAUGAGCAGCGAUUUCUGAAAGAGAUAGCCAAGUUUGAGAGCGAGAAACUAGCUGCGGACGACGUGGAGACGGAGUGCUUUAAUUUCUACUAUACCCGGGAGUACCAGGCGCGGAUAUACAAUGAUUUCAUUACGUUGAGAGAGAAGGGGAAUUAUAUGACCAAGCUUGCGAUUUCGCAUGCUUUAGCUCAGAGUGUGAAGACAUCUCUCUUCGAAGAGCUAGUCGACAACACAAUCGAAACUUGUAAAGACAUCCCCACGCAAAUCGCCACAACAGGCAAGAUCGCUCUUAACCGCAAGCAAAUCAACAUGCAAAUCGGCGAGCUCUUCAUCCUCCGCAUCAACAUCCAUCUCAACGGUUCCGUACUCGACACGCCGGAACUCUUCUGGGUGGAACCUCAACUAGAGCCAGUGUACCAAGCUGUGAGGAGCUAUCUGGAGAUGGAUCAAAGAGUUAGUUUGUUGACGGAGAGGCUGGAUGUUAUCGCGGAUUUGUUGGCUGUGCUGAAGGAUCAGUUAAGUCAUGGUCACGGCGAGAUGCUGGAGUGGAUUGUAAUCGUUCUCAUCGCAGCCGAAAUAGCGGUGGCGUUUGUCAACAUUCUAGUUGAUGUGUAUGCUGGCGUGGACUAA